AUGCCCGCUGACGCGGCCUACCACCACGAAUCAGAUCGUGAUAUCCAGAGAGACCACGACAGAAUGGGAGACAUCGACAGAGCAGACCGCACAGACAAGGGCGGCUCCAAGCACAAGCCCGCCUCCUCGUCCAAGAGCAAAGACCUCUCGCACGUCCCUUGCAAGUUCUUCAAGGUCGGCGGGUGCACGGCGGGUUCGUCCUGUCCGUUCUCGCACACCGCUGCAGAGCCUGGCGCCCAGAAGGAGACCUGCACGUGGUUCGUCAAGGGCAACUGCAAGUUCGGCCACAAGUGUGCUCUUGCCCAUGUCCUCCCCGGCCAGAGCAUGGCGAUGGACAGAAAGAACAAGAAGGCUGCUCAGGUUGCUGCGCAGCAGGCGAACGCUGGCAUGGAGAGAGGAGGAAAGGUCACUAGAGGAGGGAAGCGAGACCAGGUGGGCGGGGCGAAUGGCGGGGCAGGGCGCCUCCUUGCGGGUGGUUCGACGGCCCCAACGAGGAUUAUUGGGGCUCCAACGACGAGCCGUCCACAAAUGCUCAAGGCAACGAUCUCUCCCUCCGCCCCCGCACCCCCACUGAAAGAUACCGACUUUGCGUCGUUUGCAACUCUCGACGAGUUGGACGAUAUACAUCUUGCCAGCCAGAAGGAGGCGAAGGAGGCUGAUGGGAAGGAGAAGGAGGAGACGAAAGACAAGGAGACGAAGGACCCUCUACCACCCUCUGCACCUCGUCCUGCAGUCUCGAGCACCAACGCAACGACGACCGACUUCGGCCCCAUCGGAUCCCCACCAAACUACCGCCCGGGCCAACCUACCUCCCCUACUCGCCCCGUUGGCGUCAACGGCGCCACAUUCUCCCCCGGCACCUCCCCUCGUGCCCAUUCCCAUCUCAACGGGGUCAACAUCGGGUCUUCUCCUUCAGCUAACGGAAACCCGGGCAAUAAUGCCACCGCAGGAGGAGGCCUGCUCUCGAGCUCGCCAUUUUCUGCCCCCGGCACGCAGACGCACUUCCCCUCGUCCUCGUACUCUACUGGCUAUGGCCACGGGACCCAGGGUAUUGCUGCGAGCUUGGGCAGCGGGCUCGCGAUGAUGGGUGGCAGGAAGGGAUGGGGCGACGUGGAUGUGGGCAGUCCUGGCAAGAUGAACGUCGGCCCGAGCUCGUACAGCGUUAGUGGGCUGCUGAGUGCGCAGAUGGCGGGCGGUCAGGGGGGGAGGUCUAACGGCCUUGGAGGUGCCGGAGGGCGAGGAGAGUAUGAUAUUAGCAUCGAGUAUGAGGACUUUGGAGGCGCGAGGCGGGGCCAGAGAGGGCAGGAUGUCGCGGUGGAGGACGAAGACUUGGAGGAUUUCUUGCCGAGCUCGUUGAACGAUCUAUUGACGCCCGAGGAGAGGAGCAGGCGGAUGUCGAGGAGCAACUCGGGCCAGGCGAAGCCACUGGGCAUCAGCCAUCUGUCGCAUGCGCUCGCGGAGGGUAACGGCAACGGUGCAAACGGAGGAGGAGCAGGAGGGGUUGGGCACAGAUACUCGCGCUCCGUACCCGCCCCGACGCUCCUGGGCGACAUCAAGUCUAUUUGGGCCGACAACACCACCUCGCAAAACCCCCAUACCGCAACCACCAACCAGCUAACUGCGUCCGGCCUACCCUCGUCCCCGCCCAUACACCGCGGGACGCCCUCUUCGUCUGCGUACGCUGCUGCUGAUGCUGCAGGGCUCAGCAUGAGCAUGGGCAGCGCAGGCACGGCGUCCUCGAUGGGGAUGAUGAGCCUCAGCCCGAGCAAUGCAAGCGCUGCGUUCCUGCCGGGACUGCACCAUCAUUACAAGGCAAAGCAGCAGGCUCAGAUGGGGGUAGGGCCUGGGGUCGGUCCUGGAGGCAUCGCGAGGCAGCUACGAGGCACCAGUAAUCCACUGUUCUCCAACACAGGUCCUGGGGCUGCAGGAGGAGCAGGAAAUAGCGGAGCUAGUGGGCCUGGAGGGGCGAACCCGAACUCGUUGGCGAGUAACUACUUGCAGCCUUUGGGUUUGGGGCUGCCGGGAAGCCCGGGAAGCUCGUCGGUGCACACGCACACGCAUGGAGGGACCCAGACGACAUAUAGAACGACGCCAUCGCCGUUCGACCUCACGCAAACUCUCCAUCAGCACAACCCGCUCUUGCAGCAUGCUGGCCAACCACACACCGCCCGGCCCAUACCCUCCGGCCUCACGACCGGCGGCGGUGACGACGCCCAUCUCGCGCCACAGCUCAUCUCCCCCAGUUCGCGGGCGUUGCAGGCGCAUGCGCCUGGUCAGAGCUUGCCGCAGGGUUUGGCGGCAGGGUAUUCGAGGAUCCAUGCGCUCCCCCCGCUGACGCACAUCGCGUCCCCACCGGCGAGCGCGUCGUUCGCGCCGAAGACGCCGCCUGCGAGGGAAGGGCUGGCGUUUGGCUCGAGCUUGGGUGGGAUUAGCGAGGGUCCGUAUGGAGAGAUGCCCCCGCUGCCUCCUCUGCAGCACCAGCACCAACACCAGCACCAGGGGCAGCAGCAGCCUGGAUUCGGAUCGACAACGAACACCGCGAGCAAUACGGCCGGUCUCGAGACGAUGUUCUCGCGUCUUUCCUACUCGGCAGCGACGCGUAGUGGACCUGGCGGGAUCUCGGCGGCGGGUCCACCGCCUGGGCUGUCGAGGAACGUCAGUGGGGGCCGGUAUGGGCAGCAGGCGGGUGUGGGUGCGGGCCCGCUCAGCCCGCUCAGUGGCCCGGUGGUGAGCAGGGACGAUGAUGAUUUGUUCGAUAUGGACAAGUAG